AUGGAUCUGACAGAGCAGAUCAACCAGUUGGAGGCAGAUUUACUGGAGCUGGGUUCUCUGGUGGAAAAGGCCGAAAGGACAAGAGUGCAGGAAGUCCUCAAACAAGAGCAGAAGAAGGUUGAGAAAGAGAUCGCCGUCAAACGUCAGCAGAAAGAGCAACAAGCCCGAAGACAGGCUGAUCCAGUGGCGUCCUCCAAGGCAGCGUACACUGUGAAGAUUACCAACUAUGCAUGGGACCAAUCGGAGAAAUUUGUGAAAAUCUACCUCACAUUGAAAAAUGUGCACAACAUUCCAUCUGAGAAAGUGGAAGUCAAUUUUACGGAAAGGUCAUUUUCUGUGCUGGUAAAGGAGCUCGAUGGGAAGAAUCACCAAAUGACUGUUCUCAAUCUGUUGUAUCCAAUUGAUGAGCAGAACAGCAGCACCAAGAUAAAAACAGACAUGGUUUUGAUCAUGUGCAAGAAGAAGGCGACCAAGAAGUGGGAGUACCUCACCACGGUGGAAAAACAGGCAAAGGAUAAGGAUAAGCCCACCCCAGCUGAUGACAACGCAGACCCCAGUGAGGGUCUCAUGAGCAUGUUGAAGAAAAUCUACUCAGAGGGCGAUGAUGAGAUGAAGAGAACCAUCAAUAAAGCUUGGUCGGAAUCGCAGGAGAAGAAAUUAAGAGGAGAUGAAGGUCAAAUGGAUUUUUGA